AUGGACGAUCAUGCAUCGCUCGAAAUGUCGGCGGCGUACGACUUUCUGCUGAAAUUCAUCAUCAUCGGCGAAGCUGGCACCGGCAAAUCGUGUCUGCUGCACCACUUCAUCCACAACCAGUUCAAAGACCAAUCAGCCCACACCAUCGGCGUCGAGUUUUCUAGUCGACUCAUCAAGAUCGGCAACAAGAGCGUCAAACUUCAACUCUGGGAUACCGCGGGGCAGGAGCGAUUCCGUUCCGUCACACGGAGCUACUACCGAGGUGCAGCAGGUGCGCUGCUGGUAUACGACAUCACCAAGAGGUCUACGUUCGAGCCGCUGUCGAGGUGGCUGACGGAUGCACGUGCGUUGGCGUCGCCGGAUCUGGUGGUGGUGUUGGUGGGCAACAAGACGGAUCGAGGAGAGGACGAGAGGGAGGUGGGGUAUCUGGAAGCGAGCAAGUGGGCGAACGAGAAUGGCGUGCUGUUCUUGGAGACGUCGGGUAUGACGGGGGAGAACGUCGAGGCUCCGUUUGCGUUGGCUGCGCGAAGCAUCCUGUUGGCGAUAGAUUCGGGCAAGCUGGAUCCGGAAAAGGCAGGGUCAGGUGUGUCGUACGGCGACAGGGCGUUGAGGAGGGUGGGCAGCGGAAGUCGGUUCAGCUUUGCAGAUAUGGAUCCGAGCAGUUAUCGACCGCAGAGGAGAGGCGGUGCAGCGGUCAAGAUCAAGGAGGUGUUCAACGAUAAGAUGGGAGGAUGCUGUUGA